AUGAGCCACCAAAUUGAGUAUCGGUCGGGUUCUCCGCAUAGGGGAGCUCAAGCUGACUAUUCCCGCUAUCAACCCAAACUGACCGGAUACCCCUCGACGUUCAGGACCGUUAUAGGCUUUGAGUCGACUACCGCAUUAAUGAACAGAGGAUAUGCGACGAAGCUGAAGAGUGAAUUCGGAUCGGUUCCGAGAUCAUCGGAGAGCUUUUUAGAUUUAUCAAACCCGUUUACCGGGGUGUUGACGAAAAUGAAUGAGAAAGAACUGCUGCAUGGGCUGAACGACCGUUUCGCCGGGUUCAUAGAGAAGGUGCGUCAUUUGGAACAUCAAAAUGAAUUGCUCGAGAGGGAAAUCGAGGAAAUCAAACAGAAGGCACAGUCCCCUGCAUCUCUGGCACAGGAGCACGAGUCGGAGCUUAUGGAUCUGAGGAAACUAGUGCAUGACAUCACCCUUCAGAAGCGUCAGAUCGUUAUAGAACAUCAGAACCUGGAGGAAGACUUCCUCACCUUGAGAGACAAGUACGACCAGGAGGCUCGUGAACGCACGGAUGCAGAGAAAGGCAUCCUGGUGCUAAAAAAGGACGCCAACGACGCGUACCUGGCCAAACUUCAGCUGGACAAGAAAGCGCAGUCUCUGGUGAACGAGAUCCACUUCCUGAAGAAGAACCAUGAGGAAGAGGUGUUGGAGAUGGUGGCCCAGAUCCAAGAGGCUCAGGUGAAGGUCGAGGGGCACGCCUUUGUCAAACCCGAUAUCACUGCGGCUCUCCGGGAUAUCCGUGCGCAGUUGGAAGGUCACGCCGCCUCCGACAUCCAGGAGGCGGAGGAGGGCUUCCGUGUCCAGUUCGCAAAGUUGACAAAAGCGGCAGAGAGCAACAGAGAGGCGCUGAAGGCAACCAAGCAGGAGAUCCAGGAGAACAGAAGGCGCUUCCAAGGGAAGAACAUUGAACUGGACUGCGCGAAAGGAACGAGAGAGGCCCUGGAAAAACAACUACAUGAGCUGGAGGAGUGUCACUAUUCGGAAAUGAUUCAUUACCAGGUAGGCUGUGGUUUAUUUUGUACCGCUAAUAAUUAAUUGUAAAUAAACAUAUGCAUUUGUAUGAUGACCCCUGACAUCAUACCAACCAAAGUGGCUGAUGUAAAUUAUUGACUCUAUUUGUGUGUUUUUCUGUCCAGGACACUGUCAGGCAGUUGGAGAAUGAGCUGACCAAUGCUAAACUAGACAUGUCUGGCCACCUGAGAGAGUACCAGGACCUGCUGAAUGUCAAAAUGGCUUUGGAUGGGGAGAUUCUCUCUUACAGGUAAGAGACAUCAACUCUGUCUCUCUCACUAGAUUAGGCAACUGAUUGAGCUUGUGUGGGUGGAGCUUGUUUUUGUCAUUUUGAAUAUCAAAUUCUAGCCAUAUAAUAUCCUUGACAAAGGAAAAUAUCAUAUAUGUUAUAGUGUCUAUUUCUGGAGAUAACCAGGAGGUGCACAUUUUAUUCUACCCCAGCACUAACACAUUUGAAAAUGUGCAAAACUGUCAUAGUGUUAGUGAGGGAUUACUACAGACACAGUUAAUAAUGAAAACAAUUAAGAAAGAAACAGUAGACAUUUUAUUGAAAUACCGGUAGUUUGAUUUCAUAUUUAACAUAUCAAAUGAACAGACCAUGGCUCAUAUCACAAUACACAAUGACACUUUAGUCAUAAUAUGGAUAUUGAGACACAUCUACACACAUUGGGACAUAUCCAUAUUAUUGUCAUGAUGGUAAUAACGCCUAACUGUCUCUCUGUCUCCCUAUAGGAAACUCCUGGAGGGUGAGGAGUCCCAUAUGUCCACCAUCUCUGACACCCAGAUCUCCAUGCCCUACAUCUACCGCCAGUCCCCUGUAUACACCCUGCCUUCCCUGGCCCGGCAGGGAGGGCCCACACGCAGGUCUGAGCCCCAGUACAAGUUUGUAGAGGAGAUCAUCACUGAGACCACCAGAGAGGUGGAGUCCGAGUUUGAGGAGACAGGCUCUGAGGAGACGGCUGGGGGAGAGGGAGAGGAGCAGGGAGAGGAGAGUGACAAAGCUGAGAGGAGGAGUGAGGAAGAUGAGGAUGAGGAGAAAGUGGAAGAUGUAGAUAAAGUGGAUCUUAAAGUGUACGCCCCAGAGGAAGAGGGGGGACAGGAGGAAGAGUCUAAGGGACAGCAGAUAGAAACAUCAGCAGAGGUCGAGGUAAAUGGAGAUGGAGUUAGCCCUAGCAAGGGAGAAAAUGGAGAGGAAGGAGAUGACGAAAGAGAGGAGGAAAAGAGAGAUGAGCCAGAUGCAGUUGAAAAGACAGAGGACAUUGACACAGGUGACAAUACACAAAGUGAAGUCAAAUCAGCUAAGGCCACCAGUGAGGAAGAGAAGGAAAAACUGGACACAACAGAAGAGAUAGAUAGUGAGAUAAAAUAUGCUGGGGAGACAUUAGAAAUAGAUGACACCCCAAAACAUGACAAGUCAGAGGUUCCCAUGAAGGUUCACAUCUCCAUAGAACCAAAAACUUCAGAGUCAGAGGAUAUUCAAACAGAAAGUUCAAUAAAGGGUGGACCACAGGUUCCCACAGAGGAUAUCUCCAAAGAGCCCAAAAAGGUGUCAGAGGAGAGCAAAAAAGAAAGCCCAUCAAAAGAGAAAAAAGAGGUAGAUCUGAAAGAGCAGAGUGCCCCAGCACUGGAGCAGAAGCCUGACCAGAAGGAGCACAGAGAGUCAGACCAAUUCCAAGAGGCAGAGAGUGCUGUGACAACACAAGAAGAGGAUCUCCCUGAGCCCACAGAGAAGGACAUGAAAUCCCCUGAUAUCACUGCAGAGCUGAAAAGCAGCUCAACCAAGGAGACAUGGGAACAGGUGAGGUCACCACAUGAUUCUGGUGUAAAAACGACACAGGAUGACAAAACAGUAGAAGGUAAAAUUUCAGCCGGAAUUCCCAGCACAACAACAGAGUGUGAGGAAGAGCCUGUGCCAAAGAUUCCUGAAAAGGAGGUGGGUCCGACAGAGCCAAAAGUGAGCAGCAAGGAUGAUAGUGUAAAAACUGUUGAGCAGAUUGAAUCUAAUGGCAGUGAAAAGUUCACAAAAGAUGUCUCAACAGCUGAGGAAAAAGUGAAAGAAUCUGAUACAUCAUCUAAACCAGAAACAACUAUCACCCCUAAAGAGGAAACAACCCCACAACCAGAGCCAACUGUCACCCCCAAAGAAGAACCAUCCCCAAAACCGGACCCAAUGGUCAACCUCAAGGACGAGACAUCACCUAAACCAGACCCCACAUUCACCCCUAAAGAAGAAACAUCAAAACCAGACCCAACCAUUACCCCUAAAGAAGAACCAUCCCCUAAACCAGAACCAUUAGUCACUCCUAAAGAAGAAACUUCCCCAAAACCAACCCCAAACAUCACCCCUAAAGAAGAACCAUCCCCAAAAUCAGAACCAGCAGUCAUCCCUAAAGAAGGACCUUCCCCAAAACCAGCCCCAAACAUCACCCCUAAAGAGGAGACCUCCCCUAAACCAGAAUCAACCAUCACCCCAAAAUAUAAAAUAUCCCCUAAACCAGACCCAACUGUCACCCCUAACGAAGAAACAUCAAAACCAGCCCCAACCAUCACCCCUAAAGAUGAAAUAUCCCCUAAACCUAAUUUAAUCAUCACCCCAGAAUCAAUGACCACCCCUACAGAGGAGAGUGAAACGAUCAGCAGUGGUGACAAAGCUGAGACAGUCACACCACCAGAGAAACAGUUGCCUGCCGUUGCAAAGAGCAAGGACUCACACAGAGAGGCACCAGAGAGCAGCACAAGUAUGGCUAAAGAGCCUGAGAAGGUUACUGAUCCCAACGAUGAAAUCCCAAAGACAGAGAACGUGAAGACCAAGGCCUCUGAAGAGAUGUCUGUUACAAAGACAUCGCCAAUGAAAGAACAGGAUGUAUCAGCCAUGGGUUUGAAAGAGAAAACUGUUGACGGGAAGACAACAGAAGAGGCACAAUCUAAAAUAGAUGAGAACGGCUUUACAGGAGGUGAUGGAGAGAGCAAAGAUGACAAAACUGCGAAGAAGACAUCAACAGGGCUAGCUGCUGAGCCAAUCGCAGAAAAGCAAGCUAAACCUAAAACCUGGGACUUAACCUCUUUUUAG